UGGUGUGUGUGAAUGGGGGGCUGUGGGUCUGUGAGCGGUGACUGAGCGCGCGGUGUGGUUACUGAGCGCGCGGUGUGUGGUGACUGAGCGCGUGGUUGAUCUGGUGAGGAUGAGGGCGGCGGUGGUCGCCUCGCUCCUGCUGUCCGCGGCCGCGUCCUACUACAUCUACCAGCCGCUGCCCGGUGCCGUGGCCGAGCCCUGGAAGCUGAUGCUGCUGGACGCCGUGUUCCGGGCGAUGUUCCGGGUGAGCCACUUUGCUCAGGAUCUCGGCCUGGGUCACCAUCUCCAUGUCCUUAACUAUAUGGUGACGCUCAUCGAGGUUCGGGGGCCGCAGUCCAGCGAGACAGUUCGGGUCACUGACACUUCCUUCGAUGGAGUUCAGGCCCGCGUGUUUGAGUCCGUCACACCCGGUUCCAGACGCCUGAAACGAGGAGUCAUCUACUUCCAUGGAGGAGGGUGGGCCCUUGGCACUGGAAGAAUGCGAUCCUAUGACCUCCUGUGCAGGACGAUGGCUGAAGAGCUGGAUGCAGUAAUUAUAUCAGUAGAUUACAGGCUUGCCCCUGAAGUUCAUUUCCCGGAGCCGUAUAAUGAUGCUCUGAGGGCCUGCAGGCACAUCCUGAGAGCGGAGGUGCUGGCACUGUACUCCAUGGACCCUGAGCGAGUGGCCGUGUCAGGUGACAGCGCCGGAGGGAACCUGGCUGCUGCUGUGGCUCAACAGUUGGCCCUAGACAAGAGCGUGUCAGUUGGGUUCAAGGUACAGGCUCUUGUCUACCCCGUGCUCCAGGCCCUGGACUUCAACACACCCUCUUACCAGCAGAAUGGCAACGUGCCCAUCCUCUACCGCACCAACAUGGCCCGCUUCUGGUUGGAAUACCUGAGUGGAGAUAUGGACCUGGUUCCUUUACUGCUGGCUAAUAACCACACAGCUGUAGACCAAAGCCAGGAAGCGAUGUCUGCAGCGAAGGCAAAGACGAACUGGACAGCUCUUCUAGCUCCGGCCUUCCAGAAGCACUACAAGCCAGUGGUUCCUGGUCUUGGCUCCCCUGGGCUUCUAGAGCAGUUGCCAGCCCUGCUGGAUGUCCGAGCAGCACCUUUGCUGGCUGAGAAGGAGGUGCUAAAACUGGUCCCACCUGCCUAUAUUAUGACUUGUGAGCAUGAUGUGCUGCGGGACGAUGGUCUUAUGUACGCCCAGCGCUUGGAGGAGGCUGGUGUGACUGUUACCAGUGACCAUUACGCAGAGGGUUUUCAUGGUUGCAUGGUCUUUGGCUUCUGGCCUGCACGCUUCUCAGUGGGGACGCGGAGUAUGACAAACUAUAUCCGCUGGUUAGAGCAGAACCUGUAGUAUUCUAUUGAACGUCAAGAAGAACCACUGUAGAACCUACAGUAUGUGCUCCCCUGGAACCUGUGGACGUCUGUUGAAGCUCUAAUCUUCCGCAUUAUCUUUCACAAUAAGUCUUUCACAGAAACUUUUCCUGUAGAAUUUCUGAAAAACAUCUGAAGAACCUGCAGGCUUCUGUAGAAUAUAAAGGCUCUUGGAGAACCUUCCUGCUCUUAUGGAACCUCUGCUAAGUUCCUAUGGAACCUGUAGGCACUUCUACAACCCAUGGGCUCAAAGAUACACUCCAAGAUUAAAUACUGCACACUGCUUAUAUUCAGAUAUGCACCGGCAGGACUGGUGCUACAAAGAACUGUACUACAGAGCAUGUUCAGCAGACUGCAUUGCUACAGGUCCACAGUGCUACGAGCUUUAGUGUUUAAAUCAUCCUGUCAGGGUCGUAAUGAUUUAAUCAGGUGUCUGAGGGCAGGAAAUCUCCUGCAGCUCUGAGGAAUUGCAGGUUGAUUCCACCGUUUACAGAAGGCUUUAAAAAAUUAAACACAUAGUUAUAUGAUAUAGGUUAAUAUAAUUGUAUAUUAUGCUUACAUUCCUUUGUUUUAUAUCCUAAUUAUAUUCCAAAGAUAUUUAUGACUCCAAAAAUAUGAAGAUACUGUAUAUCCAUGCACUGACCUGUAAAAGGAACCACAUAGACCAAACAUUGAAACAUUGUAGGUAUAGAGAACGAUAUACUUUACUUGAAAGAAGAAAACAAUGCAUAUGAACAUGUAAGUGGUUUAAACUGUGUAUUUGGUAUGAUUAUUAUUGCUUUAUUAUAAUACAGUUGUAAAGAAAAUGUAUCCAACAAGGUCCCUCAUCAAAGUGAUGGAAAAUUAGAUUUUUAUUUUAAUUUUACCUGAUUUUUUUACAAAUCUUUUUUUUUUUUUUUUGUGAAAAAGCAUAGGCCUACCUAGUGUUAUACUGAUGAUUUAAAAUGUGUUGAAGUAUGAUAGGACAUAGGACUCAUAGAGAAUUUUUUUCCUGCAACCAAAUACAAUUAAUAUUAAAAAACAUUGACUUCACACUUGUGAAUGGAGCUUCCACAUUUUUAAACAGUACAAUGUAAAUGUAAAUAUGCAGAAAUGUCCUAAAUAUAUAUACAAAGCUUUGCAUAAUUGAUGGGUGCAUCCAGUUAACCUGAACGUCAUAGUUCAGAUUGUAAUAGAAAUCUAAUCUCUCUCUGCCACAUCUGCAGCAUACAGUCAGUCAUCCUACCCUGAACAAUCCUUUCUCUGUUCCUAAAAAUAACAGAAAACGCAUUGCCUUGCAUCAUGCCCACCCACCCGCUCAAAUACCAGUUUUAACAAGCCCUCGUCCACUUGGCCUCACCAUGACCCAUUAGAGGAACCCCCUAUACCAUAUUAAGAACUGUUCCGUUGAUUUACUGUAAUAGCUCAGAUAAAGUUUUCUAAAUGGGCUGUCAGAAAGGUGAUGGAUUGAGUUAGGUGUUGACCUUAGCAAGAGAGUUUGCUCAUAAACAAUUAAUGUGAUCCAACACAUUUCUCUUUUCAAACACAACCAAAGUGCCAAACAAAGCUGUUAGAAAAAAUGCUGUUUUUAUUUUUAUUUCAGCUAAAUACUUUAAAAUAGCUAUUUUUUUCAAAGCCAUAAAAAACCAAACCUUCCAGCAGUAAAUAGUCUCUCAUCUUAAAAAGACAAAAACUGAAACACUGCAAAGUCUUUAUAGCUAGCUGAUUAACAGACUAAGGACCCAAUUUUAGUGAUCUAUAGGCGAGCCGUUAAUCACGCAGCAGGAUUUAGGGUGUGUCAGUGUGUCUUUGGUAUCAUGAAGACGAAAAAGCACACCUUGUGCAGCUUAAAAUGCUCAAAAGGUGUGAACUAAUUCUCUUAAUUAAUCAUGGUUGUGUUUUGGGUGAAAUAAAUCAGUCAGCUUUCACUUGCCAUUCCCUUUAAGAGCCAGGUGCACUCUUUGGUGCGUUGGUAUCUUAACAGGGCAGCACUUUGUGCUUCUCAGCAGAGGAAACUGACCUGUUUGUUCACACUGUGAAGGUGCUUCAGCAGGUAAUUUACAGGAACAGCAAUUUAAUUUUAUUUUGUAUUCUGUAUAUUGUUGAUGUAAAAGUUGGAUUUACAUGCUGCAGCACGUCCAUGUGUGUGUAAGGAGUAAUGGUGUACGGAUGCUGCACCUGCAUAGUGAAGAUAGGUAGAUAUGGAUAGGUGACUUUUGACUGUUGUCAGCAUUUAUAUCAGUCAAUGGCACACCUGUUGAUUUUUGCUGCCAAGAUAGAAACACUCCAGAAAUAUACAUGAACACACCUUAAUACCAGACCACCACGCCCAUCAAUGUAGAUAUACAGUACAGGCCAAAAGUUUGGACACACCUUCUCAUUUAAUGCGUUCUCUUUAUGUUCAUGACUAUUUACAUUGUAGAUUCUCACUGAAGGCAUCAAAACACAUGUCGAGUUUUGUACUCCUGGCCUCCACAGUCACCGGACCUGAACCCAAUCCAGAUGAGCUGGACCACAGAGUGAAGGCAAAUGAAGUGCUAAAAACCUCUGGGAACUCCUUCAAGACUGUUGGAAAAGCAUUUCAGGUGACCACCUCUUGAAGCUCAUUGAGAGAAUGAUGCCAAGAGUGUGCAAAGCAGUAAUCAGAGCAAAGGGUGGCUAUUUUGAAGAAACUAGAAUAUACAUUUUUUUUUUAGUUCUUUCACCUUUUUUUUUUUAAGUACAUAACUCCACAUGUGUUCAUUUAUAGUUUUGAUGCCUUCAGUGAGAAUCUACAAUGUAAAUAGUCAUAAAAAUAAAGAAAACGCAUUAAAAAGGAAAGGUGUGUCCAAAAUGUUUGCCUGUAUUUUAUUUAUAAAAUCUGAUGGUAUUUUAACAGUGCUGGCACAAGGCGUUAAAAUAGACCAUUGUUGGGGUGUAAGAUAGCAAAGAGCAGGCCCCUGUAUAAGGCCCCUGUAUAACCACUUUGUUGUAGUUACACAUGAGAGUAAGUUGGUGAGGGAAUGUUGAAGGCAGCAUUAAAACUGCAUCAAUAGCAGCUUUUCUGUAGUCUGACUAUGUAUAACAAAAUCAAGUAUAAAAGUUGGACUAAAGCUUAUAGACUGAAAAAUACACAUGUGGCAGAGUGAGAAUGUAAAAAUGUGAAAAUUGUGUCUAUUUUCAUUUAACGUCCUCAGUGGAUUUUAAAAUAUAUGGGCGGGUUAUUGUUGUUUCUUCUGUGUAUUCUGUUAUGUUACUGUGUAUUUUAUGAAGUAAAUCUUUAUUUCAUUACACAUCCUUUUCUCGUUCUUGAACAGUGAACAGGGAAGGCAGGCUUUAAGUUUAAGAGUCCGCAGUCUGAAGGCCUUCGAUGGGGAGCGUUUCGUAAGCAUCGCUGUUGGCAGCAAGAAAAGAUGACAAAAGGGAAUUUCCUAAAUAGAGAGCAGUAUGGAGGUUCAGAGGAAACAUGAGAGGGGGAGUAGCUGUGGGAAGGCGGCCUGGCCCUGCGGCGCAUGGGAAAGGCCGGGGGCUAUGGACUCAGCGCUGUGGAAUGCUUGCUCAAUCUCCCUUCACCUUCACCUGUGGGACUGGAGGUCUCAACACAACCUUCAACCUCCACUAGUGUAGCUUUAUCAGAGCAGGAAUCAGCAGCAGAAACAGUGAAACAGAAAGAAAAUACGAUGUUUAUUACUCUAAAAGUGCUUAGCACAGUCUGACGAAGCGCAGAGUCGAGAAUAAAAGCCAACAUUAUUUACAAAGUCAAAUGUGGCUUUUGGUCUUUUUGAUUUUAACAUCUGCAGCUUUUCUGUAGGCGAACUGCAUAAUGCUGACUAGAGCUGGGUAAUACGGCAAGAAUAGAAUAUUAUGAAACUUAUGACGAUGAUGUACUAUAUAUAUAUUGCAGGCGAAGGAAAAAAACAAGUAGUGCCUCUGUGGUGUGAUGCAGUAAAAACAGGUAAACAGAACAAAUUAAAGAGAAUCCAAUGCAAUUUAAUACUUUUCAAAGAUUUUUACAGUGUAUGAUUUUAACCUAUAUUAUACAGAAUGAGGAGAUAGUGGACAUAACUGAACACAUUUUGUUUUUAUUUAAUAUUUUAAAUACAUUUAAAAGUAUUUUAAGCAAAUAAGUAUGUAUUUAGAAGUGUUUGUAACUAUAUUGCUCUUUAAUACAAGUAGCCAGCAUAUCUCUGCUACAAAACAAAAGUUUAUAUAGACCUAUAUUAUUAUAUAGACAAUAAACUUCCAGCUAACAGUUACAAACGUUACAACUUACCCCUUACUGGGUUAAUUAUUGGUACCUUUUAACAGUGAAAAUAGUAUGUCUGGGAAACGUACUACAGCUGUUCUAUGUUGAUCACACCAGACAAGCUUUCCAACUGAAAUGCAUAAAAAGGAUGGUAUUAUAAUUAGCAAAGAAACACAACAUUUAAUUCUUAAUUCAAUGAGUAACAGAAAAUAUUAUUUUAAUAAAUAUUUCCAUUAUAGCUACAAUAAACUGACAGUUUCGAAAUGAUUUGUGGGAACUAUAUUCAUCAGUUCAUUGUUUACUUUAGGAACACUUGUAAUGCAGUUAUAAUACUGUUUAAACUAAUCCUCCUGUGUGGAGGCAGGUAAAGUUGUCUAACUUCCUCAAAUCGGCAUGACAUAUAGGUAUGAUUCAGUAAAUAAAGUAGGUACAAACAGGGGUAUAUAAAUAUAGGUCGCUUAUCUUAUCACAUGUGUGCCUACUGAGCUAACAAAAAAAAAAACCUGUGUAUCCAAUGAGGACGAAGCCCUAUGCAAAGGAGCACACACCACAGUUUUUCUGGUGAAGAAUUUUAGUUUUAGUUGCGUUUUAAAAUAUUCAACCAAAUUUCAUUAAAAUGGCCACUAAGAGGUCUGGGGAAAACAUCUGUUAUGCACAAUGUGUUGAAGAAAGCUUACUGUGACAUAAUAAUGAUAAAAUGCAGUUGUAUUACCCACCCCUAAUUCUGAGCAAAAAUGCUUCUUUUUUUCUUUUUUCCUUUUGAUAUUGUAUGUGUUGUGUUUCUUCUUUUUAAGGGCUUAUUCUGUCUUUUGACUCUUGGCUAUAUAUGAUCUUGUUUUGCUUGGCACAGAUUUGCUGUAACCUCUGAUUGCAAUUGGAACUCUUCAGUUCCUUGCCUGUUAAAUGUAACUCUGUUUCUUUGUACAACCAAACAGAAGAUGUCAGUAUUGUGUUCGUCUCCAAUGUGUAUCUGUUGUCCAGAACGCCCACAUAAAACAGAUUUGAUAAAAAUCAAAUGUU